GCAUUAGGACCAUGAACACGCAGCGGCGUCAGUAAAUAUGGCAGACAGCGAAACAUCGGCAGAUGCUCACAAACACAAGAUCUUUCAGGAGCUUCUUAGUCCAUCAGAACUGUUUCAGGCAAGAUCCCGAAGUCACAAGAUACCAGUGAAGGGUCAAAAAGAUUUUCUGCCUAAUGCUUCUGAGCAUCAGAGGACUCGACUACAGCAGAGUCUGGAUGAACACUGGACGCUGCUGCAGGAGGAGAGAGUCGAGAGACUGGGAAAUCUUGUGAAAGCUGUGUGGGUCCCUGAAGAAAGACAAGUGGAAUUGCAGUCACCAGCAGGGAAGUUUUGGCACUCCAUGGGUUUUUCAGAUAGAGGAAAGCAGUGCCUACAGGCUGAAGAGGCGCUCUACCUCAUGGAAUGUGGUAAUGUGCAGGUCUUCUACCAUGAUCUUCCCUUGUCCAUCCAGGAGGGAUAUGAACGAUUCCUCUCUUCCGAAACUCUGACUCUUCACCAGUAUCAGGUUUAUGGACAUUUGAAAAGGCUGGGGUAUGUUGUGAACAGAUUUGACCUCAGUUCAGUACCAUCUGUAUACGAGCGACAGCUCAAUCUGCCAGCAUCAGUAGACAGUAGACAGAGAAAACCGGUGAAGAGGAAACGCAGUCAGAGUCCCGUCUCCAGCGACAACCGUAGCACGUCGUCGCUGGAGAAGAAAACAGCUGAACACCAAAGUGAAACCAAUGAGUCACUAGCAGGCCAAACUACUCCAGAUCAGCCUCUGGAGGAGCUCAUGGAGUCACUUCCAGCUCCAGAAGACUCUUCUGAAAGGACAUGGUGGAGGGAAGAGCGUAUCCAGACUCCAUCUGCACAGUCCCAAACCAGAGCUCCUCGCUGGGACUUCAAAAAGCUCUCUUUCCCAGACCUGGGCUCACGGUCACGUUCGGCCUGUCUGGCGUCUCCGGACCCGAGCCUGUUGCCUGGAGCUCUGGAGGUGGGCGACUGUCACAUGACUCAGUGGCUGAGAAGGCUCAACGUGAAGGAAGAGAAGCUGUCACGACGGGAAAGGGACCGCCAGAGAGAUCGAGAUCGCUACCACAGGGAUAUUAAUCGUGACCCCAAGGUACGGGACUGCAGGAACUGGGCGGAGUAUAUCAAGCUGAUGGAGGAGAGGAGGAGACAACAGCAGAAGCAGAGACCCUCACACCUGUGGGAGAGGGAGGUGACGCCUCUGACUCAGCCUGGCCAGUGCACAUCACACCGUGAAGUGAUGGAGCGGAUCAGCAUUAUCAAACCUUCAAGCUGGUCGGAGGGUGUUUCCAGAACACCCCCAGCUGACCAGUGGAAGAUUAGCUUUGAUGUUUACCAGCCGGACACGGUGGCCGAAUUUAAAAAGAGCCACCCCGGAAAGCCCUACAGCCGCAUGUGUGUGUGCAGUUUCGACGGCCCUGUACCUGAUCUGCGCAUCAUGAAGCAGUUGUCCUGCCAAAGUGGAGAUGUCCCAGUGACUUUUGCGGUGGUGGAUCACGGAGACAUCUCCUUUUACUGCUUCAAGAACUUCAGACUGCCCUCUGAUGUGUAUUAAACUUUUAGGAGUGAACGCAUCCACAUUUCAUCUGAAUUGGAUCUUAUUGCAUAAAUGUUCAUCUCAGGGUAUUCAUGUGAUUUUAUUAAAGAGUAAAAAGAA